AAUGAGAGUUGAAAGGGACUGCCUGUUCUUGACUGAACAUCUUGUCAUUUAGUCACCACUUCCAGUGCCUGAAGACCUGUCAUUAGAAGAGCGAGAAGAACUUUUGGACAUUCGUAGAAGAAAAAAGGAACUUAUUGAUGACAUUGAGAGGCUGAAAUAUGAAAUUGCAGAAGUGAUGACGGAGAUUGACAACCUGACUUCAGUGGAGGAGAGCAAAACUACUCAGAGGAACAAGCAAAUAGCCAUGGGAAGGAAGAAAUUCAACAUGGAUCCCAAAAAGGGCAUUCAGUUCCUAAUUGAGAACGACCUGCUGCAGAGCUCCCCAGAGGAUGUUGCCCAGUUUCUGUACAAAGGAGAGGGCCUGAACAAGACCGUCAUCGGAGACUACCUGGGUGAGAGGGAUGACUUUAAUAUCAAAGUCCUGCAGGCUUUUGUUGAGCUGCACGAGUUUGCUGAUCUCAACCUUGUCCAGGCCUUAAGGCAGUUCCUAUGGAGCUUCAGACUUCCUGGAGAGGCACAGAAGAUCGACCGCAUGAUGGAGGCCUUUGCAUCCCGAUACUGCCUGUGCAACCCUGGGGUCUUCCAGUCCACAGAUACAUGCUACGUGCUCUCCUUUGCCAUCAUCAUGCUCAACACCAGCUUGCACAACCACAACGUACGCGACAAGCCCACCGCCGAGCGCUUCAUCACCAUGAACCGAGGCAUCAACGAGGGUGGGGACCUUCCUGAGGAGCUGCUGAGGAACUUGUAUGAAAGUAUCAAGAAUGAGCCGUUUAAGAUCCCAGAAGACGAUGGCAAUGACCUGACGCACACGUUCUUCAACCCAGACCGAGAAGGCUGGCUGCUGAAGCUGGGGGGUCGUGUGAAGACCUGGAAACGGCGCUGGUUCAUCCUCACAGAUAAUUGCCUCUACUACUUUGAGUACACCACUGACAAGGAGCCCAGGGGGAUCAUCCCCCUAGAGAACCUCAGCAUCAGGGAGGUGGAGGACCCUCGGAAGCCGAACUGCUUUGAGCUGUAUAACCCCAGUCACAAAGGGCAAGUCAUCAAGGCCUGCAAGACAGAGGCCGAUGGCCGUGUGGUGGAGGGGAACCAUGUUGUGUACCGGAUCUCUGCCCCCAGCCCGGAGGAGAAGGAGGAGUGGAUGAAGUCCAUCAAAGCAAGCAUCAGUAGGGACCCGUUCUAUGACAUGUUGGCCACGAGGAAAAGGAGGAUCGCCAAUAAGAAAUAGGUAAAUGUCAGGAUCCAGACUCCAGCAGAUACACUGGCCUCACCAGCGGCAGGAAUGGGGGCAGUGUGGUGCCGGCGGGUCCUCCGGAACAGCCAGCCGAGGCCUGAGCCCUCAAGCCUGUGCUCUGGGACAUUGGUCAGCUGUGAGUGUCUCCUUCCUGCCACCGUCCUGGCAUUGGCCUUUGGGGACCCUUGUCCACAACAGCACCCGGUGAUACAGCCUCCAGAUCUGCACAGCCCACAUGGGACUCCUGUUCUGGAGCCAGAGCCUCAUCCACACCAUGCCACAUCUGCUCUUUGGGGCAACACUAGUCGCUGUUUUAUAUCAAAAUUGGAAAGGAAAACCUACCACUUUUUUAUUCAGAAUUUUUCUCAGAUAUAUAGGAUUAUAGCUUUUAUAUGCCUUUUUAUAUUCUGAAAAGUAUAAUGAAAGAUACGUAAUUUCUAACAGUAGUAUUUUUAGAAUGGCAGCUAUAAACUUAACUCCUGGACACAAGUAUAUACUGUGCACUGAAAACAGUCUAUAUAUGCAGCCCCCAUGCACGUGGGGCCGGAGCAGCUGGGGCACAGUCAUCCUGACAGAGUGUCAGCUGGGUGAAGAGGCAUUGGGGUGACCGUGGGGACCAGUGUGCUUGGGAGAUUCAGGUGUGACUGCCACUUCCCCUCACAUGCUUCUCUAAGAUGAAUCAGUAAGGUAUGGCUAUGGCCGGGGUAUUUAUCCUGUCAGGGCCAAGGCCUGGAAAUGGAGUUACUUCUCUGGAAACAGGCCACUUAUAUGCAGAACCUCCUUAAACUGUCUGACCUUCAUACAGGACAGUUCCAUGUGGUCCGACUGCACAUGGCUCAUGACUGGUACUUUUGUUGCUUGCUGUUUCAAACUUGGGUUAAGUGAUGACACAUAUUUUGAUGUAGUAAGCAGAAGCAGCCAGAAGUAAUCCACCUGUCCUCUGGUAGUGCCAUGUUUUCCAACAUUUGACAUCCUUUUGAGGAGGGGAAAAACUGAAGAUGGCACUGAGGGACACCUGUGACAUCCAGAUCCAUAUAUAUAUAUAUAUAUAUAUAUAUAUAUAUAUAUAUAUAUACAUACAUACAUACCAGCACAUGCCUUCAGGGCACGUGUGCUUGGCUGAGACUGGGUAAGAUGAGAGGCCCACUCCUGGCUUAUUUGGGAAAUGGUCUUCCCCUGCACACACACCCGGAGCUUGUGUUCUGAGAGCCCUUGAAAGCCGCCAACCAGAUGCCCUUACAUGAGACUUUCAGUGAGCUGUCUUAAGGCUUUUUGCCUGACCUUGGUGGUAGCUGCCAUCUAAGAUGGCACAGAGGGAUGUGCAGGCCAGAUCUCCCUCGUGCACCAGACUGAUGACUUUUUGGUUUAUUCCCAAGCUUCUAGGCUUCGCUUUUACCGAUACCUCAAAUCUGAAGCCCUUGCAUUUGAGCUGCCUGGCUGGUGUGUAUGCAGCCCGGCUUCCAGUCUUCCAUGAUCCCUAUCCCCUAUCCCCACCCCAGACUGAAUUUACUGCCGGGGGCGGGGGCACCUGUAGGGAGGCGGGAACUGGCAUUCCUUCAAUCAGGACCAUGGUGAGCCAGUCAGAUGUUCAACCCAGGCGUGGCCCUGGGCAACAGAGCUCUCUGUGGGAUAUUGAGGUCAGGAUGUUAAGCAUGAGGCUACCUAAUGGUGUCUUUGAUGCCAUAGUCAUCUUUGAGGGGACCUUGCCUGAUGGCUGUUGGUGCUAAGAAUCCUAAGUUACUGGCUCUUGGAGUAUCCACGUGGAGUCACUUAACUCAGGUUAUGUUGUGACAGUGUUAACCCCAAGGGCAUCUGCCACUCCCAGAGCUUGUAAAGGCUCAGGCACUCCUGCCCUUCACCCUUUGUCUGCACUCAUCAGUGGAGCAUUAAAGCCCUAAUCUGGACAAAGACAGUUUCCUGUCCUGCUGGGCCCUGGGCAUCGUUUCUGGGUUUCAGAAGACUUGAUGUGGUCCUGCAGUGUAACUAGGAACCAUCUGGAGAUGUGACUUAUUGUGCUUCCUGUCAUACUGAGUUCAGAGCUACAGGUGUGCUUUGCUGACAAGUUAGGUCGUUACAGACCAGAAACCAUGUUGUGAUUUCUUUUUAUCUUAGAAAACAUUUCUAUUUACAAUAAAUAGUUACUAUGUAAAUAAUGUACAUAUGUAUUAAUUUCUUCAGUGUUAUACAAUGUACAUAAUCCUACAACCUGCAUGAAGAAAUAUCCUAUUAAUGUUGAUAUCAGAAUUUCUGGCUAUUUUAUUGCAAAGCAAACAGCUAGUAAAAUGGAGGGCCUUACAGCUGUUAGAACUAUUGCAAAUACUGUGUUCCCUAAAUAAAAACAUACUGCUAAAACCAAAA